AUGGAUGUGGCGACGAUGACGGCGGGCAGCGGCUUGCGAGGCGCAUCGCGCCUUGUUGCAGAGGUAGUUGUCGUGGACCGGAAGGAAGCAGAUGGCGUCGACCGAGUGGCCGUCGGCUCGCAGCGCGGCGGCCGUGGACAGGCCAAGGCGCACGUGACCAACGUGCGGAGGGCUCAUCGUGCCGGACACGAGCAGCACGUAACGGCUAGGCGGGAGCGAGUCGGAGGGCUCGAAGCAGAGGUCGGGAGUCAUGGGUGGCAGUCGGGAGUCAUGGGUGGGCCAGAGCUGGCGGGCGUCGGUUUCUUUUGA